AUGAGUUCCAAAUCAGCAGCAGCGAUUUUACAACGACAAUUUAAAGACUUGACGGACCCCAAAAAGGGGAUUCCUUCGUUCCACAUCGAGUUGGACGACGAUAACAUUUUUUUAUGGAAUAUUGGAAUAAUGGUAUUGAACAAGGAAUCGAUGUACCAUGGGGGAUAUUUCAAGGGACAGAUGAGGUUUCCCUCUGAGUUUCCAUUUUCUCCUCCAACAUUCCGCUUCACGCCUGCCAUAUACCACCCCAAUGUUUAUAGAGAUGGAAGGUUAUGUAUUUCGAUAUUGCACCAAGGCGGAGACCCCACAUCGGACGAGCCUGAUAGCGAGACGUGGACGCCGGCACAGACAGUCGAGUCAGUGUUGAUUUCGAUCAUUUCAUUAUUAGAAGACCCUAACGUUUCAUCCCCUGCUAAUAUUGAUGCAUCGGUUGAGUUACGAAAGAAUCCCGACGCCUACAAGAAGAAGGUGAUGCAGGAGGUUGAGAGAUCCAAGGCUGAUAUCCCUGAAGAUUACAUUAUGCCAGAACUGGAAUUAUUUGCAUACGGAAACGGUAGUUCGCAUACUAGGGAUUUAGAACAGGAGCCAGUUGACGAAGAUUUUUGGUAUGACAGUGACGAAGAGAGCUUUGAUGAAGAGAGCUUUGAUGAGGAGAGCUUGAUGGAUGAUAUGGAGGAUAAUGACGAAGAUGAUGAAGAAGAGGAGGAGGAUGACAUGGAUGUGGUUGGGAAAUAA